AUGCCCCCUUUCGUUCCGCGCAAGCGUCUCUCCGACGAGGAUCCGCCCCGUGCCCCCAAACGCCAAAAUGCGACGCCUUCUCUUCCGGUUGUCGUCUCCGAUGACGAUGACGAUUCCCCUUUGAGCGAUGUCCCCAGCGAGUCCACCCCGAACACUCCCGCGGUGAACGCCGAAGCCGCUGAAACCUCGGGCGAUUCCGACUCCGAAGAUGACGACGGCGUGGACUGGGAAGACGCCAUCGAAUCCAAAACCCCCAGCGCGCCCGCCACCACCCCGUGGACCACGCCCGCCGACGUCCAAGAUCUUGAGCUCACCCUCGACAAGAACGAAGUGCAUCUCUCCGACAUUAUCGACGGGAAGAAAGCGCCCUCAAAAAUCGAACGGCAGAUCCGCAUCCAGACGCACUGUCUUCAUGUACAGUUCCUCUUGUGGCAUAAUGCCCUGCGGAAUGCCUGGGCCUGUGACGGCGAAGUCCACGACAUCCUCCGUCGCAAACUCCCCGCACCACUUCACAAGGAGGUCAAGAAAUGGCGCGUCGCAUCCGGCCUGCAACUCCCCGAGAGACCCCCAGAGGACGCGAAGUCCAAGAAGAAGAAGGGGAAGCAACGGCGCAAUUCCGAGCGCGACUGGGCCGAGGACUCGUCGCGAUUGGAACCGGGCCAGCCAGACAUGAGUCGCGGAGAUCCCAUCAUUCCGCUGCUUAAGAUCCUGGCGGCGGUGCGCGACCGUAGCGAGUUCCGCCAGGCGGCCGAGCGUAUGGAAGGGUCUCGGGACCUAGGGGCGCAGCUUUUCACGGCGCUUCUCCGCGCGUUGGACAUCGAAGCCCGCCUGGUGGCGAGUCUGCAGCCGAUUGGAUUUGGAUGGACCAAGGCGGAGACGUACACCCCCAAAUCCAAGUCCAAGUCCGAACCAGAACCGUCGACUGAUGCGGCAGAUACGGAAGACGUGCUUGACCUCGAUUCGGACAGCAGCGACCUUGAGACCAAACCGUCCCAGCGCAACAACCCCCGCGGUUACGACAAGGACCUCCCGUUCCCAAUCUACUGGACUGAAGUCGCCUCCCCCAUCACACACGAGAUCAUUCCCGUCGAUCCGCUCAUUCUCCAGCACCCCGUGGCGACAACCCCGGAGCUCCAGGCGGCAUUCGAACCGCGAGGCGCAAAGGCCGAGAAGGCCAAGCAGGUGAUUUGCUACGUCGUGGCCUACUCAUCCGACAAGACCGCAAAGGACGUCACCACGCGGUAUCUCCGUCGCCGGACCUGGCCCGGUAAGACCAAGGGGUUCCGGCUGCCAGUCGAGAAGAUCCCCGUGCCUGGGGUGCGCGGCAAACACUACGAAUACGACUGGUUCAAACUGACGCUCCGAGUCUACGCUCGUCCUGAGAAGGACCGCACGGCAGUCGACGACAUGGAAGACGCCCGCGACCUGGUCCCGAACCAACCGGAAAAGAAGACCGCAAAAGAGGGCGACACGCUGCAGAGCCUACGCUCGUCAACGGAGUUCGUCCUCGAACGCUUUCUCCGCCGCGAAGAAGCCCUCAAACCCGGCGCAGAGCACGUCCGCCUCUUCACAACUGGCAAAGGCGCCAAAGCGAAGCAGGAAAAGGUAUACCGACGAGCCGACGUUCUGAAAUGCCUCUCAGCCGAAAGUUGGCACAAAGAAGGCCGCCAAAUCAAACGCGGCGAAGCCCCCCUCAAACGCGUCCCUAUCCGCGCCGUGACUCUCCUCCGCAAACGCGAAGUUGACGAGCUGGAGCGCGAGACAGGCGAGAAACCUAAACAAGGCCUGUACGCGCGCUACCAGACGGAGUGGAUCAUCCCACCGCCCAUUCGCGACGGCGUCAUCCCCAAAAACGAAUACGGAAACAUCGACUGCUUCGUGCCGAGCAUGGUCCCGCGCGGCGCCGUGCACAUCCCGUGGCCCGGGACCGUCCGUCUCUGCAAGAAACUAGGCAUCGACUACGCCGAGGCGGUCACGGGGUUUGAAUUCGGGUCUAAAAUGGCCGUCCCCGUCAUCCAGGGCGUUGUUGUCGCGGAAGAGAACGCAGACCUCGUCAAGGACGCGUGGCGCGCCGACGCCGCCGAGAAGCGCGAGAAAGAGCGCCGCAAGGCCGAGGCUCGCAUCCUGCAGACCUGGCGCAAGUUCCUCUUCGGUCUGCGGAUUGCUGAGCGCGUGCGCGAGGAGUACGGGGCGGAUGAGCGAGAUCAUGAGCGCGAUGUGCAGAAUCCGUUCACGUCGAGCCGUAGGACGGGCCCAUCACAAGCAGCAACAGCUACCGCAGACCCGCCGGUGCAGGAAUCCGACGAGGAAGAUCCCGUUGACCGUGGCGGUGGGUUUCUGCUCCCCGGUGAGGAUGAUGGGGAUGACGGUGGGUUGGUUGUAGAGGGACAGCAGCGGAUGCGCCCAUCGUUCCAACGUCAGACACCGUCAGUGCGUGAAGAUGAAGAUGACGCCGUUUCUGCUAUGAGCGAGGAUCCGUCCGUACCGGAGACUCCGGAUUCUGAUCAGGGCUCAGAUUACAAUCCUCCGUCCAGUAGGAGACGUACGCGGAAUACCAAGAGAUGA